GUGGUCGUUCGCGUCAAAGAUCUUUGGUUCGCGAGGCCGCGAGCAAAGAUCCUAUAGCGGCCUAGUAUCUUCGGCCGCGAGAGGGUCGGGUCUGGCGCUCGCUCGCUCGCUCGCUGUCGGCGGGUGAACGAGCGGCUCGGUCAGGCGCAGGAUGCCGAUGUUCGAGGGGCUGGGCACCGGCGGCGAGAAGACGGCGGUGGUGAUCGACCUGGGGGCCGCCUACACCAAAUGUGGUUUUGCUGGAGAAAGUGGACCAAGAUGUAUCAUCCCCAGCGAAAUCAAGAAGCCGGGUAUAACCCAGGCUGUUAAAGUAGUUCAAUAUAACAUCAAUACAGAAGAACUUUAUGGAUAUUUGAAGGAAUUUAUUCACAUGCUGUACUUUAGACAUUUGCUAGUAAAUCCAAGGGAUCGUCGAGUUGUAGUCAUUGAAUCUAUCCUGUGUCCAUCGCACUUCAGAGAAACACUCACUAAAGUUUUCUUUAAGCACUUUGAGGUUCCUUCAGUGCUCUUUGCUCCAUGCCAUCUUAUGUCGCUAUUGACUCUUGGUAUCAACUCUGCUGUGGUAUUAGAUUGUGGAUAUACAGAAGCACUAGCAUUACCAAUAUAUGAAGGAAUUAUGAUUUUGAAUGCAUGGGAAGCACUUCCACUGGGAGGAAAAGCAAUCCACAAGGAGUUGCAGGCCCGGUUAUUGGAAGAAUGUACUGUGGACACGGGGACUAAUACUGGAGAAGGGUUGGCUUCCGUGAUGAGCUCACUUCCAGAAGAAACCAUAGAGGAUAUCAAAGUUCGUACUUGCUUUGUUAGUGAUCUCCAACGGGGUGAGAAAAUUCAAGCUGCCAAGUUUAACAUUGAUGGAAAAGCUGAGCGCCCACAAUCACCUCCGGAUGUGGCAUACCCACUGGAUGGAGAGAGGAUUUUACAUGUCAAAGGAUCAGUCAGAGAUUCUGUAAUUGAAAUGCUUUUUGAACAAGAUAAUGAAGAAAAAUCCAUUGCAACAUUAAUCCUUGAUUCACUUUUACAGUGCCCUAUUGACACAAGAAAACAUCUAGCAGAGAAUCUUGUGAUCAUUGGUGGAACUGCUAUGCUGCCUGGCUUCCUACAUCGUAUUAUGGCUGAAAUUCGGUGUCUGGUGGAGAAACCAAAAUACAAAGAAGUGUUGGCUACCAAGACGUUCAAAGUUCAUACUCCACCUGCAAAACCAAAUUCUGUUGCUUGGUUAGGAGGAGCUAUUUUUGGUGCUCUGCAAGACAUUUUGGGUAGUCGUUCAGUCUCCAAAGAAUAUUACAGCCAGACAGGUCGUAUUCCUGACUGGUGCUGCCUGAAUAACCCACCACUAGAAAUGAUGUAUGAAACUAGUAAAGCACCUCCUCCAUUGAUGAAGAGAGCAUAUUCCACAGAGAAGUAGAGAUGUUCAUGUUCUGCGGCAAACUAGUUUAGAAGUAAUAUUCUGAUUAUUUUAGUAAUUAUGUUCUAAACUUACAUUUACAAAAAUAAUGUUACUAUAUCUAUAUGUUGCAUCAAACAUAUUUGAGCAGUUACUUGAUGUAGUUUAAUAUUAUUAAUCAAAAUACUGCAUGUUUCAAAAACAUAUGUUAAGAUGUAAUUACUAAAGGCUUAAAAAGACGGCAUUAAAUUAAUGCUCUCAGUGCUGUUGGGGAUGUUUUUUUGGGACAGGUGGAUGUGAGAGUUUGAAAUUGCAGGUGCUUGACUGGGAAGUCGAUUCAGCUGCAAAAAUGCAUUUUGGGUCCAGUGUUUAAAAAAAAAAUAAAAAUUCUUGAAACCACA